AAUUUUUCUUUUCUCUCUUCUCUCACUAUUGUUCUAUCAAUUCACUACUUACAUUAUAUGAUUGGUGGAAAGUAUCAAAAGCUAGAUGCAGAUGAGCAUCGCAAGGGCCACAAAAGCAAAUCGCUCAAGACAUUGGCUAUCUCUAUCGGAUUAGGUUUAGUGGUUGCCUAUGCUGUCAUUUCGGUCCUGAUCAUUGAAGUGAAAGGUCGUCAAGCACUCAAGACACCAGAAGAAUGGAGGGAAUUGAUCAAGGAACACGGUUAUGAACGUCAAGAAACGGAUGCAAGAUCUCCCUGUCCCAUGUUAAAUACGUUGGCGAAUCACGGAUUUAUCGCGCGAAGCGGGCGUCACAUUAAAUCAGAUGACCUGUUCAAGGCCAUGAUGUUGAUGGGCGCUCCACCCACUGUCACGGCUGGUUUCUUGAAAAAAAUCUAUCGUGAUUAUCAUGAAGCAGACCCUCAACGUUCCUUCUUUUCUCAGUUUAGCAGUAUGGAGACGUUGGAUUUGGAUCGUUUGACGGUCGCAGGUUUGUUAGAACAUGAUGUUUCGCUGAGUCGCAAUGAUCUUCGACUACCGCCUUAUAGUACGGUGGAGCCGAUUCCUGAUUACGUGCAUCGUAUGCAUAAAAUAGCUCAAGUGGCCAAUAAAGGUACAGAAUUCGAGGGUAUCUUUACGCGUAAGAAUGAAAAUGAUGCAAGACGUAUCCGGUGGUUGGAAUCCUAUGGCCACAACAAGUAUAUUCAUUUAAGUUUAUUCCAUCAGUUCGCAUCAAGCACGGAGUGUUCCUUAUUGUUGGAUAUCAUUGGACGUGAUGGAGCAAUUACUUUGCCUCAUUUGACCUCGUUUCUGUUAAACCAAACAUUUCCGGACGAUUGGCAUCCAAGAGAGACCUCUUAUAGCUUCAAGGAAUUGGCAACAAAGCCUUUACGCUGCUGGAAAGGACUUCGUGAUAGUACCGCAACACUUGAAUUAUUGGACCAACUUGAGCAUUAGCCCUUUUCUUUUUUCUCUAGAUGUGUGUAUGUGUGUGUGUGUAUAUAUUCAAUAAAAUUUUAUCAUGAACGCUGUUCUGAUCAAACAAA